AUGUUAAAAGUUUUGCUGAUCAUCGCUGGGGCUGCAAGCGCCAUAGCGCAACAGUGUGACACUGUAUCUGGGUCCAGCGGGACCAUCUCGUCCCCAAACUACCCGCAGAACUACCCUAACGACGCCCGCUGCACCUAUGUGCUGUCUCCUGGGCCUGAGCAACAGGUUUCGAUCGAGUUCACGGACUUCGCUCUUGAAUCUCACCACCGGUGCUCAUACGACGUCCUGGAAAUCUUCGACGGGGGAAUAUCCGUGGGCAGGUUCUGCGGCACCACCACCCCUGCUCCCAUUACGAGCAGCAACGAAAUCACCAUCGUCUUCUCCAGCGACUACAGUGUCAUGUACAGGGGGUUCAGCUUUGACUUCGAGAUAACCGGAGAAGGUGGAUCGGGCGGCACCACUACCACUGCCGCCACCACCACCACCACCACCGCGUCAACAGGACAAGGCUCCUGUGGUGUUCCUGACGUCACACCAUACGGAACGUCGCGCAUCGUCGGCGGAGAGACUGCGCGUGCGCACAGCUGGCCAUGGCAGAUCACCAUGCAGUCCACAUCCGGGUCCCACGUGUGCGGGGGCUCACUGAUCAACGAGAACUGGGUGGUGACUGCCGCCCACUGCAACCCGCUCCCUAACUACCACAGGAUCAUUCUGGGGGAGCACUCCCGGAGCAGUAACUCAGAGGACAUCCAGACCAUUGAGAUGGAGGCAACCGUCUGCCACCCCCAAUACAACUCUGGGACCCAGUUCACGAACGACAUCUGCCUGGUGAAGCUGGCGACCCCCGCGGUACUAGGUGAGCACGUCAAGCCCGUCUGUCGGGCGGAGUCGUCUGACGAGUACACAUCCUCCAUGACCUGCUACACCACAGGAUGGGGCCGGACUUCUUCCUCCAGUUCGACCUCAGCUGACACCCUCCAGCAGACGCAGCUGCCAGUCAUGACCAACGCGGUGUGCGCAGGCUACUGGGGCAGCGCCGCCCUCACGGACAGCAUGAUCUGCGCAGGCGCAGAAGGCUCCGUCUCUUGCCAGGGAGACAGUGGCGGCCCCCUGGUGUGCCAGAAGGUGGCGGGCGGACCGUGGAACCUGGUGGGAGUGGUGAGCUGGGGCUCCACCAACUGCCUCACCAACUACCCCGCCGUGUACGCACGCGUCACCGAGCUCCGUACCUGGAUCGACGAGUCCAUCAGCGGGUACACCGGUCCCUAGGCCGCUCACACGGCCGUGCAGUCUCCAACAAGGCUCGUUAAACGGCUUGCAAAAUACAAAUAGUACAAAUUGGCAAAGGUAUGGAAUAUAGGGCGUACCAUAUUCUAGUCCCCUCUAGGCUCUUUAAAUGACUUCUUCUAAUGACAAAUAUGCCCCUCCCCAUCUACAACACCAUCGUGACACUUCCCUGUAUGACCCUUGACUUCAUAGUGUUUACCCAUCGGUCCUUAGAUAAAUAAACAUACAUAUAAACUGCCUCAUCGUCUACCACGUCACCUCGGGCAAAUUCAACAUAUUACAAUAUUCAACAGAUAUUCAGGUAUCAUAUAAUGCGCAUUUUGUUCUGCAAGGGUCUGAACUGGGGUCGACAAGGAAACUUACACACGCAAGCGUAUAACACACACACGGUAGCAAGAUUAUUAAAUAAAAUCUGCUUUGUAAAGGCA